AUGACAAUAUUCGACAUAUUAAAUAUCGAAAUAAUUGGGAAUGAUUUAUUUAAAUAUGUUGAUUCUCCAUAUAACUUAACAUUAUCAUGUAAGAGAUUUUAUAAUAUCUCUUCAAGACCAACUGCACGUGCAAAAUGGAUCAUCCGCAAAUAUGGGCGAGCACACGCUCUCUUUCAUUCUAUUCGUUUAGGUCCCAACUUUAUAAAUAUUCCUUUGGUAAAAUGUAUAUUAGCAAAUAAUGGAAUUUUGUCGAGAUACUUUAUACAGCGAUUAUUGAUGCAUUUUGGUAAAUACGAUAAAAAGCUCAUUGAAUUAAAAAUUGAACAUAAUGCUGGCCAAAUUGAUGAAGAAAAACUUAAACAAAAAGUUAAAUCCCCAUGGGCCUCCAAUCUAUCUAUCCCUGUAUUCACAUUCUUAAUUUCGGAGGCCUCUAGUCAACUAAAAAUCGAAGAACUAACUGCCAAAGGAAAUGAUAUGGAACUUUUUCAUUUUUUGUCGGCAGGUCCACAUGUAAUAAGUGAUGCACCAGACAUUCUAUUUAGAAAUAUGGAUAAUAUUAAAGAAUUAAUUCAUAAAAUGAAAUUUAUUCCAUUUCCCCCAAGACCUAAAAAAAAUGAUUUACCGUCAAUACCCGAAGAAUACCCUCCUAAAGAUGGAUAUGAAAAUAGCAGGCAAUUAAACGUUAUAGCUCGCGCUAUUUUAAUAUGUAAAGAUUUAGUUCCGAUGUGGAUUGAAAUAGGAUAUUAUCAAAUUUGUGAAGAUGUUAAUGAUUUAGUAAUGCAAGGUGCAACCCUUAUUUUGUUUCCACCUUCUCCAACUCCAAAUUACGCUAAACCUGAUGCAACAAAAGUAAUCGAAAGACUUGAUGAGCUCAUUAAUUUGGGAUUUAAUUUAACAUAUUCUGUAAUUGGUGAUAUUUUACAACUUUUCGAAAAUAGAUUAACCGAAGUUGGGGAUAUCUUAUUUGAGAGUAUUUUAAAAAUCAAGACGGAGAGUUAUAAAGAUUCCAUCGAAAAUUUUACAAAUAAAGUUAUAGAAGAAUCGAUUAAGCCAGAACGUAAUCUUAAAAAUUCUAAUUUAUGGAGUUUUUUAAACCAAAAAUUAGCUUAUCAUAUCAAUAUUAUGGAUUUUAAUAAAUAUUUCCCUAAAAUUACGGAUUAUGAAAUACAACAAAUGCAACAACAUUUAGAGAAAUUUCAAGAGAAAGCUUUUCUGAAAGCAAUAAAAUCUAUUACAAAUUAUAAUUCAACAGCUGCUUCUGCAGAUUCUUCAAAUUUUGCAAAUAUUCGGGGUAGUAGUAAUAUUUUUAAUAGCAACCAAAGAAAUAAUAUCACUUCACUUAAAUUAUCGUCUCGAUUUUAUAAUUGGGUUAUUCGAGAGUUUAAAAAUGAAUCCGAGAUUGUAUCAAUUUGCUUCGAUGAUAUUCUAAAAACUCGUGUUAGUAUCAAUCAACAAUUAAUAGCGAAUCCUAAUGUUGAUAUUCCAUCGGAUUGGAAGCUGUGUUCUUUCAAGAAUGCAUUAAAUAUUUGGGGGAUUUAUUGUAAUAACUCUGUUCCUUUUAAACCAAAUCAUUUACAAUAUUUAUCUCAAGCUACUCAUAAUGAUAUACUGAGUCCAUUUUUCAAAGGUUUUUUACCAAGAUUAUUUCAAAUGUCUAUUACUUUUACUCAAAUGACAAUUGAUAAUUCGAGUGCACCUAUUUUCAAUCGAGAAACUGAAAGUUCAUUUCCCCCUACGCAACAAUUUAAUGAAAAUAAUGAUUCAUAUAUUGUGAUAGAGAAAAAGAGAAAGUUUGAAUCUUCUGAAACAGAUGGUCAAAACGGAGAAAGGUAUAAAUGGAAAAACCUUUUGGAGAACCUUAGAGAUAGUUCAUUAUUUUCUAAUCGGGCAUUGGUAACUUCGUCAUUUAAAAGGAAUUUAGAGGAAUUUUUGGGCGAACUGAAUGAUUCUAAAUUUAUGACAAAUCAAAAAUUAUUACCAGCAUCAAAAGCACAACGAACUCAUUUUACAUGA